AGGGUUUGGAGAAUAAGAAAUAAGAAUACUUAACCCACACUUGAGUUUACAAAGAUGGAAACUUCCAGAAGUCAUUGAGAAAUUUCUGCUGAUAAAGAUAUCUGGGAACCUGAUGUGAAAAAUGAGUUGAAAGCAAUGAAGUGCUGUGGCUCAAGAAUUGAUUUUAAAACAGUCAGCAAUGGGUGACGACUCUGGUGGCAUUUACUGGAUUUCCUGGGAAUUGAAUCUGAAAGAAAUAGCAAGGAGUCCUUGAAAAUGUCUCCAGAUAGAUCAUUUAUAUGACCAUAUUUUCUUCUGAUUUAAAAUUCUUAAGCAGCGUUUCAGAUAUUCAAGAAGCUGUCAUGUUCUGGUCAAGUCAUUUUCUAGGAUUCUAACUACAACCAGUCACCUUCAGACAGGUGUGAUGGGAUGCCACUUGUUCCUAGGCUCUGUAUUUCCAUUUCUGGAAGAUUAAUGCUUGAGGAUUAGAGAAGAGGGGGAAAACAGUGAUCAAGAAAUGAAACAGGGCUUAUGCAUGCGAUAGGGCAUUUGGGACCAAUUGGAUAAUUAGGAAGGUUUUGUCUCAUCAAGGCAAGCUGAUGAGGACAUCUUCAUCUUUUUUGAGCUUGGUUUAAAAUGUAUGACACUUCUGGUAAAAAUUAUCAAUUAUGUAGUCUUCUUAGUUCUCAAAAUGAGAAUUCCUGUUCCCCAGAAGUUUAAUGAUGUCCCUAAAGAAAACAGUGUAAGGAAACUGGAGCACAUACUUCCAAUGGUUUUGAAGCUGAGUAAUGAGCAGGCGCUUGUGGCAAGGGAAGGCAGAUCACAAACGACUGCAAGUCUGUUUCCAGCCUAACCGACCAGCCUGAGACCUGGCUCCUGCAGCUUGCGGGCGGUGGUCUCCUCUCUUACAGCCUUUUGUGUACACCAGAGGGCAGAGCUGCUUGAUGUGGAUGGAAGGGAAGGGAAAUGGCUGGUUUUCCCAAGAAGCAGAUAUGUACCUAAGCUUAGAAGAAAUCAUCUUGGAAGGAAUGAUGAAAUGUGUGAUCUUUGCACUCACACUUUCUGUAGCAAAUUGGAGGCCCAGGAGUCCCUGGACCCGCUGCUUGAGAUCUUUAAAAGUCUCCCUAAAGGAAAGUGAUGUGGGCUUGCUUAGUCACCGACCUGUGGCACACUGGGAUAUAGUGGACCUUUAGGCAUGGGGCUCGGUGGGAGGCAGAUCGUUGGGGUCACGCUCUUGAAGGGCAUAGCAGGACCUGGUCCCUUCCUCUCCUUUGCCUCUUGGCUGCCAUCGGACAAAGCCACUUGUUUCUGCUGUACCCACUACCAUGUUUUCUCUUGCUGCAAGCCUGGGCCGGACUUAGUGGACUGGUAUAAAACUUCACUCUUUAUAGCAGCGGACUCAUUUGGGAUACUUUGACAACAGGAAUGGAAAGCUAACACACCGGCCAUCGUGCAGUUGUGUUAUCACAGCUAUUCUUCCUGUUUACUACAGCCCUGUGGUUGGUCUGGAGUCCCUGCACACCAGCUGUCACCGUGGUAGCGCCUGCCUCUGGCAGUGUACUUAGACACAGGAGUAUACCAUAGCAGAAGUGCUGGGAAUGUGCUGUCAGCUGACCUAGCCCAGCCACUUCCACCGAGUAAGGACUUCUGACUUCAAUUUCAUAAGAACCUCAUUAGUUACCAACUGAAUCAAGGCUUGGUGGUUUGUUGUUUUAAAGCAGAAGUUUCAGUAAUGCAUGUCUAAAACUCUCAGACAUUAUGGUGGAAUCUUGCAUUGCGUGGCUAAAUCAACACUAAAUAUAGACCACCAAUUAUGUGCUGGGUUUAUGGGCCUCGUGGGAGCACUUGUGAGCAGCAGGAAGAUCAAGAACCAGCUGCAGAAUUGGUAGAAAGUUUUGCUGUCGUUGUUCCCGAAUAGUUGUCUUUCCCAGGUAACUGAGCAGUUAGAACUCACAUUUUUGUAAAUAGUUUGCAUGCUCUUCCUCACUGAGACUGAGCAAUGGACUGCAUGUGCUCUGUGCUUUUCCACUUCUCAUAGAAAAGAUGCAGACUUGAUUUUAAAAAUUGCUUCCUGACUCUGCAGAGUGAACUCGGGAGUGCCAUUAACAAGCAGCCAUGACUCACUCAACAAAGUGUCUUGUUAAGCUUUGAAUUCAGUCUUAAUUGUAAACAGUUCUGAGUUUGUAGCAUGCAACGUGGUGUGAGUUAUUUUUCUGUUUUGAUACCAACACGUGCAGGGGAUCACGCACAGUGAUCCUUUUUUCUUUUUUCAGAGACAAUUUUUAUUUGUCAAAAUAUCUAUUGGUAGAAAAUCAAGCAAUGAUUAAAUGCUAAAAGGUUCAGCUGUUAGCAGUGAUCGAGAGCAUAGGAAAAUGAAAUCACUUACGCGUCUCAGCUCCAGGAUUAGAAAGGGCUCCAUUAAAGGGAUGCUGCUUUGGCCAUUGGUGAGUCAGUGGGUCUGCACAGCGGAGUGGGACAAGAGGGCCGCGUUAGUGUGACAUGGGUUGGGUAAUGACACUCGGCACCAGCCCCGUUGGUUGCUCCCAAAUGCCCUCAUUUCAGGUGCCAAAGAUAGCAACCACUGAUGUCAACAGCUGUGGGUUCUGCUUUUCAAGACAUGUGACCUUGUAUCCACUUACUAGCCGAGUCAGGAGCCACGACUCACCUCCGUCUGCUUUCCUUACUGGUUUGUCUUUCUUUUUACAUGCUGAGUACUGAAAAGGUACACUGAACUACACCUACUGACACUGUGAGCUCACUGCAAAGAUUUCCUUUCAGAGAGCUCCAUUAUUUACUUGGGUUAUCUUAGAUUAAAAACAAACAUCCUUAACAAAUUUUAUUAGAGAUUUUAAAUGAUGUGUGUUUUGGGGGGAGCAUGCCCAUGCCGCAAUGCUUAUGUGGAGGUCAGAGGACAGUGUUGCAAACUUGCAGGAGUUGUUUCUCACUGAACUAAGUGAAGGAGAUCGACUUCAGGCUGCCAGGCUGAAUGCCGUCCCUCUAUCCCGUACAUUUCUUGGCAUCCCUUUCUUAGGCUAGUAAAUUUUAUUAGCUGGACUAUUACUCUAAAAAUAGGGCUUUUUAGCAAUGAUUUUUCUAGCUAGUCCUCUACUUUGUAAACAGGCUUUUUUUUUUCUUUUUUGCAACAGCAAUGACAUUCCUGAGGGUGAAAUGGGAGCUCGAGGGUAUUAAAUCAGAUUCAGAAAUGCACUGUGUCUCCGUUACCAUGCUCGAAAUAGAAGCUGUGUUUGCAACAAUGAUCCCACCAUCUGACACACACACAGCCUUUUUUUUUUUUUUCCUGGUCCAAAAGAAAAAAAAUAGAGUUUGGGAUAAUAAGGUGUACAGAGACGCCGAGACAGAAAGCGCUUUAGAAGGACGGUCGGGAGCCAGGCGCCCUGGCAGUCAUCAACACGUGGACACGUGGAGGGCACCGUUUGUCUGCUGAGGGACAAUGACUCAUUCCUCCCAGGAUGCUGGACCUCAUGGCAUCCAUGAAGAAGGGAAACUCUAUGUUGUGGAUUCCAUAAAUGACUUAAACAAACUCAAUCUCUGUCCGACAGAAUCGCAACAUCUAUUCCCGUUAGCGGAGAAAAUACCGAACACUGGGACAAACGCAGGAAAUGGAAACCGCGGUCUGUAUUUUGUGGGGCUGCUCCUGGUGCUGACGGUCAGCCUCGCUCUGGUGUUCUUCGCCAUCUUCCUAAUAAUUCAAACCGGAAACCAGAUGGACGACGUGUCGAGAAGACUGACAGCUGAGGGGAAGGACAUAGAUGAUCUUAAGAAAAUCAACAGCAUGAUCGUAAAGCGGCUCAACCAACUGGACUCGGAACAGAACUGAAAGAAUUUUUUCCCUGAGAGUGGCCACGGAUACCUGGAUACACUUGCCUCGAUCUGGGAUUGGAGGAUGGCACAUGUCUUCUGACACCAACUCCUGGGAUAUGCACUUUAUCUUUAGCCGUGAGGAGCCUGGCAGGGCCCUCUUUCAGACCUUGCCAUGGCAACAGUAAGCCUGGACCGGCCCAGUCUCACCACGAUCUGUGUGACACCUGAGACCACUGGGGUGUGGGGCUACCUCUAACUAGGAGGGCUAUGUAGCCAGAACUGUUGGUGGUGGUUGCCAAUCUCCAAAGCAUCUUUAUUAAAACAAAUGAGAGGGCCAGGAAAAUACCAUGACAGCCUGCCCUAAUGACUCAGUUAAGAACUAGGCCUUGGUCCCUGCUUUUUGGAACCAAGCAAGCAGUUUCUGAGGAAGAGCCACCAACAAAGGAUAAUCAAUCUCCAACACCCCUGACAGCAAGGACGAGGAGGCCUGGUGGCCUAAGCUGUAAACAGCCUAAGGUGAUAACCAAAUAAGGACAAAGCCUGGGACUUGUCCAGGCCUGCCCCCAAAUGGAAAACUAUAAUCCUGACCAGCUCCUGACUACCCCUGGCCAAUUAGAACAUGUUAGCAUUUAGGCACCUGUACUGGCCUGCCCUUAGGGUCCUGACAGGACAUAUCCUCAGCUGCAGCCACUAAGAGCACCCCUGUGCACUUUCCCUACAUUUCCUUAUAAAAGGCGGGCCUUGCUCACCUCCCGUCUCUUUGUCUUUUUCUUCCUUCACUCUCAUCCCCAGGGACUGGUCUCUGUCCCUUCUCUCCCCUCCCCUCGAUAAACCUCUCAUCUGGGCCCUCUUGUAUGGAGUGACUCCUUCCCACCGUUUUUAAAAUACAACAGAACACACUAAUAUGACCACCACUCGCUUGAGCCAAUCAUACCUAAAGUGACCUAACUGCCCUAGGUCCUCCCCUUGGCUGUGCUCACACAUCCCUCUGCAGUCCUCGCCAUCUUGCCUUCAUAUGGGAUGGACAGCCCCAGUAUAUUGGACUAAUAAACACUCUUGCUAAUUGCA